GAGGGAGCGUGCAGGAGGAGCUGCUGUGAACCUGACCCACCGUGUGUUUCCACUGAAGGACGUAAUAAUGGAGUGAGGCCGGGGUGAGCCAUGGCUGGGAGGAUAGGUGAAGGGAACGCGUGAGAACAGGAACCCCUGCAGAGCGCCCGCCUCACUGUCUCAGCGUCCCAUGCGGGCAGAACCAGGACACAGGGAGCGCUUGGUACAGAGGAGCGGCCCCUCCAAACCCCGCCGUCGUACGCACCAGAGAACCCAAGGAACCGCAGCGGUGACCGGGACCCCCCGUCCUACCCAGUGUGCCUCCCCUCACCCGCAGCGUCCUCCACCCUGCUUUACUCCUAACUGGGACCUCACUGGGCGGCUCUGUGUGGAAGAAGCGGUUUUCCAUGGAUCCGAACAUCCAGGGCUCUUUCCUGUUCAACAACAGCCUGACCCCGUUCCCGUCGGACCUCAAGGCGCCGGUGUGCCCGUACGCCGUGCAGAACUCCUUCUACAAGCUCGGACCGGGCCUGAGCAGCCAGCUCCCCGCCGGGACCCCCCACGGCAUCAGUGACAUCCUGAGCCGCUCCAUGAUGGCGGUGAGCUCCCCUGGCGGAGCCACCACCACCACCCUGCUGUCGGGGUACUCCACCAUGGGGGGCUUCGCCCACCCCGCCGCCGUGGCCGGGUCGGGGAUGUACUACAACCGGGACUGCGGCCCGGCGGCCUCCGUGGGGGGCUUCACCAAGCCCGCCGGGGCGGACUGCCCCAUGAAGGGCCGGAGCUGCUGGGCGGAGGGCGGCUACGACUGGAGGGGGGGCCGGCAGCCGUGCAGCAACAACAACGUGUCUCUUGGAGAAAUGGCCGCCAGAAAGAAACACACACGGCCCACGUUCAGCGGCCAUCAGAUCUUUGCCCUGGAGAAGACCUUCGAGCAGACCAAGUACCUUGCGGGGCCCGAGAGGGCCCGGCUGGCCUACUCCCUUGGCAUGACCGAGUCCCAAGUCAAGGUGUGGUUCCAGAACCGGCGCACCAAAUGGAGGAAGAAGAGCGCGUCGGAGCCCAGCUCCACGCAGGCCUGCGGGGGGCUGGGGGCUGGCGAGGCCUCAGAGAACGAGGUGGAGGACGAGGAGUACAACAGACCGCUGGACCCCGACUCGGACGACGAGAAGAUACGACUGCUGCUGCGCAAACACCGCAGGGCCUUCUCCGUGCUGCGGCUCGGACCCCACCAUGUCUGACACACGCACACACACACAUGUACAGCAACUACACACACACGCUCGCUCUCACACACACACACACACACACACAAGCAUACAUGUU